AUGCGGUUCGCUAAUGCCGAAGAGGGGAGGGUGUCGUUGAAGCCGCCGCCCGGCUUCAAGAGGCGUCACAUCGCCGAGAGUUGGCGUCGCGGAGUCGAAUUGGUUUUGGUUGCGGUGUUGAUGAGCGUUUUGGACGAUAAAUUAUUUAUUUUGCGGUCGAUUUUGAGGAGGGUUGGGGUAAGGGGGGACAAGAAGCUAGGGAUCUCAUAAAUCUUCUGUUAUGAACGGGGUUUGUUAUACACAGGUUACAUUGUAUUUUUAGACUUGACUUGUCACUUCUAUCGGUCUAAAAAAAACUUUGGAUUAGAAUUAGAAGCACCGUAUUUUACAAUUUUUUCCCCGCCUUAUGACUUUUCUUUCGGGUCGGCGACAGUUCGGGUCAACAAAAAAUCGAUCGGUACGGGGCGUAGGGCAGGUGGACCCCCCAAAAAAAGGGUUAUAGUAAGUGUCUACGAGGCCUCACAAAGCCGUUGGAUGCUCGGCGAAGGCUCGGCGAAUGCUCGGCGAAGACUUGCAAUAUGCCCACUUUCGCUAAUUUUAGCUAUUUCUAACGUUAGUUUUCUUUACUCUGAGUCAUUGUAACAUAUAAAAAACCAAAAUUUCAGAAAAAAAGGAUGAUCCGUUACUUUCAUCUAGACAUUAUUGAUGUGAGUACAUGUAAAACGCCUCAAAAUAGGUGAUAAAGCUAUACUAGGACCCAAUCAAUCUUAUUAUUUAUAGUAUUAUAAUUAAGCCUUCUUUUAGCUUCCCUCAUCUAUACAACGACGAACAGAGCGGACUUUCUCGAAUUUUACAAUUUUUUCUCCUACAAUUUAUUACUUCGAGUUAUAAAAAAAAUUUUUCGCGGUAACAUUUCACUCCCGAAACACCCAAUAUUUCGUCUUUUGCAGAUCCCCGGCAACAUGCCCAAAGCCUUCUACAGACGGCUCGCGUUCCUGAACAUGAUGAUAGGCUGCUCGUUGGCCUGCAUAGGCGGCGGUGGCGGCGGCGCGGCAUGUUGUCCGUCGGCCGCUGCCUCCUGUGCCCCGUCGGUCCCCGUUUGUCCUGGUGGGAGGUGAGGAAGGGUUUGAGAUUGAAAACUCAGUUUGUUUGAUGUGUCAGUUUGUUGGGAAAAUAAUGAGCACAAUGUCGCAGCGAAAAUCGCAUCGCCGCCGAGAAAAUGAAUUGUGUUGCGACAAAAUCAAAUUGAUUUUCACUUCAGCGACACGAUCGGCGUAACGAUAUUGUGCUCAUUAUUUUCCCGACAGAGUGAAAAAUAUGGAUGCUUAGGGUCUUCUAACUGACAAUUUUCAACACAAAAAAGGAUUUUUUUGAAAUUUCGCACAUAGUUUAGAAAAAUUUGCAUGCCUAAAUAUUAAUAUUUUUUUGAGAGUUUGCUGUAUGUUAUUCUGGAGUUAUUUCAAAUUCAAAAAAAUUUGCUAAAAAAUCUACCUUGAAAAAUUUGAAUAUUCAAAAUUAUUCAAAUUUAUGCUUCAAAAAAUUUGCAUAUUCAAUUUUUCAAAAAUUUUUCGAAGUCGCUAAUAACAAGUUUUUCUAAAAAAAAUUCAUUUUCAAAAAUUUACAUAUUCAAAUUCACCUUUCUAAAAUUUGAAUAUUCAAAUUUCUAGAAAUUUCUAAAAAUCUCUUAUAGAAACUAUAAGAGAGAAACUAUUUCUGUAAAAAAAUUCUAAUUUUAAAAAAUUUGAAAAUUAAAAUUUCCUUUCCCGUAAUUUGCAUAUUAAAAUUUCCCUUGCAAAAUUUCCAUAUUCACCCAAACGCUUUCAGCUACGCCUCCUCCUACGCCGGCGGCUCCUACGCCGCACCGCAGGCCAGCUAUCCCCGCCCUCUGCCCGCGCCAUCGCCGGGCUGUGGCGCCUCCAGCGGCGGUUGCGGCGCUUCAAUCCCAGCGCCUCAAAUCAGCAUAAUCUCGCCGCCUCUUGCCCAGCCCCCACCGCCUCCACCACCGCCACCACCACGCUACGUUCCGGCGCCCAACUACAACAGCCAGCCCAGCUACAACAACCAGCCGACGGGCGGGGCGGGCGCUUAUGUCCCGCAAAAUCUGCCACCCCCGGACCCGGCCAGCGAAAUCGAGAGCAGCUACGACGACUUCCGCGAGGAGCAGCACGCAACGAACGGUGCGGGAGGAAUCUACGGAAAGCCCAAUAGCUAUGAUCAAGGAUGUAAGUUGGAUUUUGUUCAUUGGACUCCUCCCGUUUUUAGAAAGUUGAAAAAUUAAGGUGUGACGUUUUAUACGAUGAAAAAUGUUUUGAAUCUUUGUGACAUGUUAUACGAUGGAAAUUUUUUUGAAAAUUGAAAAAUUAAGGUGUGACAUUUUAUACGACAAAAACUUCCCAGAAAAUUGAAAAAACAAGGGGUGACAUGUUAUACGAUGGAAAUUUUUUUGAAAAAUAGAAAAAUAAGGUGUGACAUGUUAUACGACAAAAAGUUCUUAGAAAAUUCAAAAAGCAAAGGGUGACAUGUUAUACGAUUGAAAUUUUUUUGAAAAUUGAAAAAAUAAGGUGUGACAUGUUAUACGAUGGAAAAUUUUUUGAACUUGAAACAUAUUAUAGGUGUAUGCUAUGCGAUGAAAAUUUUUUUAAAAGUUGAAAAAUAAAAACGGGAAUAACUACAGCCCGCAUAAUUUGGAAAAAAAUCUUCAUCGUAUAACAUGUCACAUCCUAUUUUUUCAAUUUUUUGCUUUCGCUGGCCGACUCUUCGCAUAUCAGAUAGUCUUUCGGAUUUGUUUUGAUUUUUUAGUCCAGAAGGCGCUUGGUUUGAGAUUUUUAGCUUCAAAACAUAAGCCAAAAAUCUCGAAUAUGCCAUAGAAAAGUCAAUUCUUAAUUUUUGCCAAGUUACGUAAAAAUCUAGUAGUUCUACCUGAAGAUGAAAAAAAUGCUGACUUAAACGUGGAAAAAACGCAAUUUUUAUAUAUCAACUGUAUUUAGGCUUAAAAUUUAAUGUCUACUAGACUUUUUGAAGCAUUUCCAAUCUUACAAUUCAGUUUCCUUCCCAUCUUCUUCAUCAUAUUUUUCAAAACUUCUAUUUUGCAGCGUUCACCGCGUCCACUCCCGCCUCCACCGACUACACCGUCCACGAGCCGCCUCCUCCUCCACCGGCUCCGGAGCAGAAGCCCAACUACGAGGGUAAGCCUCCCACGGACACUGGCUACACAUCCGAAGCCACCGAAGACGCGGCCGCCACGAACAACGUGAACGUCGAAGUGGACGAGGCGUCGCUGAACUGCGAGGACGCCGACUUGCGCAAAAUCGUCGAGACGGCGCUAGUGUCGUCGGGCGACAACCUGGACGCGGCGCGCAAAAUCGAGUCCGAAGCGGCGGCCAAGUUCGGCGGACGGUUCAAUUCGAUCGUUUCGAACUCGGAGUUUGCGUACGUGAACUGGUAUGGGAAGAGGAAUUGUCAGCUCCGAGUCAACGACCGCCACUCGCUAACAUGGGAGGACUGA